AUGUCUAAUGGCGGUGAUUCACAGAGAGUGCCUAUGUCCCAAGACGAACAGUCUCUUUAUGUUCGCACACAAGAGUACGCAGCUACGCCGCGAUACCCAACUGUGACUAGACCUAUUGGGCAUGGCUUCUACGGGGGACCAGACAUGAUUGACGAUGACACUGUAAUCGUCGACCAGAAAAUUUUAGACCGCGAAUCCCACGAGUUUGCAGAGGGCGACUUUGUUUGCCCAGGAUUCUUCAACCUCGUCGAUCUAGGUGGGUUCACCCGCCGCUUCAACCCCUCUCAAUGGAAAUACGAUAUGCGUCGCCAGGCCCAGUCCAUCCUUCCAUUCUUAUCUCUUGGCCCUUCAUCAUGUCUACGUGAUCCCGAAUACAUCCGCAACCAAGAGUUCACACUAAUUCUUGCUAUUCGAAACCGGUACUCUGCUCACGCACGCCUCGUCUCAGGCGAGAAGGCGGCCGCCAUGGUCGGUAUCAUGGCAGACACGAUUGAUGUUCUUGAUAACCAAGAGCUCAUUUCUGCAUUCCCACGCGCUAUCCGCCGCAUCAAUGAUCACCUGGCUGGUGUGGAUGUAGGACCCAAUGGAACGGGGUCAGCCAGCUAUCCGAAAAGGAAAGUCCUCGUCUUCUGUGAAUCCGGGAAUGAACGCUCCGCUGCUGUCGUCAUUGCCUAUAUCAUGGCUAUGCUCAAUGUUCUGUCUGUCGAAGCCACGCACAUGAUUCAGGCGCGUCGUUUCUGUGUUUCAAUUGAGGAAAAUAUGAAAUACGUCCUCGCUACUUUCGAGACCAUUCUUGCUGCUAAGCGUGAUGUUGAGCGUGCUAAAAAAAUGACUGUUCAUGGCGCUGCGAGUCUUGCGCCGCCAUCUCUGUCGCCAACGCUUACAAAGAAGCGAAGCUUCCACGAUCAGAGAGAUGAUGAUAUUGCCAUGGAUGAGGGUGAAAUGGAUAUGGAUGAGGAUGAGGACGCCUUCUAUGACCGAAAGCCGAAUGCUCCCUUCCAGGACCGCGUAGUCUAG